AUGUCAGCUACGUCACCCCCACCACGAUCUCGAUUCUCACCAACUCCGGUUGAAGAGACGGUGAAGAAAGUAAGAAAGUUCGCCAUUGAACCUGUCGAGACAACAACAAGAAGUAAUAAGAAGGAAAAUGUAGAGGUUGUUGAGGAUACAACUGCAACCAAGGACUUUGCGGUUGCUGCCCCGCCAAAAAGACGUUUCCUGCCUCAACCCGUUGAAACCACACAGAAGUCAAGCAAAGCGAGGGUACCCAAUCCUCCGCCAACUCCAGAGGUUACACCUGAGCCCAAACCACAAGCUCCCGCUACUGCAGAUUCACCGGCUCCUCGAAGGAGAUUCACACCCCAGUUGAUAGAAACAUCACAGAGGUUCAAGAGAUCAAAUACUCCCGGCCCCGCUACUUUACCCAUCGAUAAGACUGAUAUAACGCCUGGUACAAAUCACAUUUACGUAGACAGAAAACGAAAAUAUGUACGACCCAUACCAGUCCCUUUAGCACCCGAGAAUACUCCAGUUUCGUCAUCUACAGAUAUACACUCUCAAAUUCCGCCUUUUUCUCCACGUCGACAACCCUCCAUGCGACCUCACCUUAAUACUAGACAGACCACGCGAUCAAAUUCUUAUCAACCAGAGUUGGACCCUAUAGAGUCAGAUGAGAAUUCACAGGAGGAUUCGGAGGAGGAGCAUGAUGGCGAGUCUACUCCAUCAUUAUCUGGUUCAUUAGGAUCUUCCGAAGAUUCUAUGCUAAGAAUGCAAAUGGCACGAACACGAGAAAGUUGUGAUGAGCGAUUUUCGGGUUAUCUCCUGGCACUAGCUGCCAAAGCUGCUGAGAAACAACUCAUGGAACAAGCAUUGGCGGCAUUUCCCAACGAGUCUGCAUAUGAAAUUGUGGAACAUUUCUACGAUAGAGAGAUAGAUACAGCUUCGGAGGAAGAUUCGGUGGAAGGGGUGGGCAUGUUAGUGGACGAUGCACAUAUUCAGGAGCUACGAAAAAAUUCUACUGAGGUUGGGUGGGCAGCAAAAGAAAUGCAGCAACAUCAAGAUAAUCUGAAUCGGUUGAGAGAAGAGGAGGCCAAUAAGAGAGUAGCUGAGGAAGCCACAGCCCCAACAUUUCACGAUCCAUUUUGGACAAAUGGAAUGACGGAUAAAACCCAGCCGAGCGGUACUCCUCAAGACAAACAGAAGGAAGCUGAAUUAGUUCGAAUGCGCAACGCGGCAUCUCCUCCAAUGCUUGGUGGUGAGUUAACAUUUCGCAUGUGUCCGUCACCCAAGGCGACAAAAUUUGAAUCCGAUCAACGACAUGACGUACAGCUGCAUCGGGUCGAAGAUGGUGGAGGAUUAUGGGGCGGUUAUUGUGUUGCCGAGGAAAGUGAGCAAUAUCUCUCCCCGGAUGUUGUCAAGAGACCGCAGAUGAUUGCGACCCCACAAAUUGAAAUGGACGAUCCGUUUUCUUCCGCAUUUUCAAACGCAGUACCAGAGGCUCCUGCCAAAUCGUCGGAAAAAAGCAAGGGUGGUCUUCAGAUGCUAAGUGGAUUGGACGAUAGGUUAAAAGCCGAAGUUGCAAGGUCCAAAGCUGAAGAUAGGUUGUUGGAAGAAUUUGACGAUACCUUCGUCACGCAAGUUUAUAAUUACCUUUCCCUUGGAUAUCCAUCUUUAGCUCGGCAAUACGACGAAGAACUUGCAAAGAUUUCUAAAAUUUCUGAAGAUGAGCUGCGAGUAGAUGACAAAAGUCAGAAUAUUAAAGGUCAUAUCGGAUUGGUGGCUGUUGAUGGCCAUGUAGAAGAGAAGACUGGAAAAUCUAUUAAUGGCGAGAGAUGUGAAGGUGGCUAUGGUGCAAGAUGGAAAGCUUUACGAAUAUAUAUCUUAGAGUGGGCUCGUCAACAUCCAUCAAUGUCGAAUGGUGCCGCAUCACCAAGUGCAUGGGGAGUACGAGCCAGAAGAGGAAGUUGGGCUAUAUGA